AUGGACGCCCACGCCCCACGCACCCGCCCCAACCCACGCGACUAUAUCCAGACAGCCGCGACCGGCAAUGCGCUCUCGCGGCGUGCCGCGAUCUAUGGCGCGUCCAACAUCGUGCUCGGUGGUAAGUGCAUCGUCGAGCACCGUGCGAUUCUGCGCGGCGAUUUGCAGCGCACGGUACGCGCCGAGGGCGACGAGCGCUCGAGUGCCGUCGUGAUUGCCAUGGGGCGCUACGGACACGUCGGCGAGCACGCCGUGCUGCGCCCGCCGCACAAGACCUACAAAGGUCUCUUUUCCUACUUUCCGCUGCGCCUCGGCGACCACGUCACGAUCGGUGCACGAACCGUGGUCGAGGCCGCGCAAAUCGGCAGCCAUGUCGAGAUCGGCGCUGACUGCGUCCUGGGCGCCUUUUGCAUCGUGCGCGACGCGGCGGUGAUCCUCGACGGCGCCGUUCUCGCACCCCAUACGAUCGUUCCCAGCAUGACCAUCUUUGGCGGCUCGCCAGCGCGCAUCGUAGACCGCCUCCCCGAGUCGUUUGAGGAUCAGUGCGAAGCACGCAGCCGCGAAGCCUACGGCGCAUUUCGCGCUGCGCUCGGACAUCGCCCGUAG